AAGGACACUGGGGACAACUGUAUUUUGAGCGGUUUUCGUAAGCAAAAGAGCGACACGCAACAUGCACAUCACAUCAUAGGUAAUGGCUCAGAAAGCAGGUUUUGGCCGGCGGUAUUUCAGAGCGUUCAUGAGUGGCUUUUUUGUAGCAGUUCCUGUGACAGUCACUGUGCUGGAUCGGCUUGCCUAUGUGGCGCGGGUGGAUGGAAGCUCAAUGCAGCCUUCGCUGAACCCAGAGGGAGCAGACACAUUCGACAUUGUGCUUCUCAACCGCUGGAGUGUGAGGAACUUCGAGGUGCGGCGCGGGGAUAUCGUGUCAGUUGUACCUCUGCAGCAUCACUCUGCCCUAAACUUCCUCUGAGCCAAUGAGACUCUUCUCCAUCACUCUGCUUCUCUGACUGCAUCCAUGAGCCUCUGAUCUCGAUGCCAAUUGCAGCACAUCCAAAAACCCCGAGACCAGGCAGAAGAAAGGCUUUCAAGGGAUCAGCUGUUUCAUUGAGGACCUCCCUCUUUCUGCCAGUGGUUUCUCUCAUAAAGUUCUGCCCCUUAGAACACUUCUCAGAAGCGCUAACGCAGCUAAAGAACGAAAAGCAGUGGGACGUUGCAAGAUGUUGGCCCUCAGGACUAGUUGGCUCCCACAGACAUUCACCCUGAGGGUCAGGUGACUGCUGGUUGUAGGAAAAAUCCAGUUUUGUCUUGGCAAUGGCAGGAACAGGUUAAUAUACUUUAUGACAUAUGAUGCAGACAAAAGGCCAGAAGACAUUAGUACUAAAUCCUGCAUCGUGCCAUUUUGGGUAAUGGGGUGCUGGUCCAUUUCUCCAAGCCACUGACAGGUGCGGGACUCAAAAGCGCUGCCCUGCAUGUCCUUAUCAGUAUUGCUAGCACACAGUGGCCCUGUAAUCCUUUAAGGUUAGACUUUGACUGGAGGAAUCUGCUCUUAGCUCAGCAAUGAAUGGCUCCUGAUGAAGUGCGCAGGGAUCCAUCUUUGCCUGUUUAAAUCCCCAUUUAUUAAAACAGCACUGCAAGGCCCAAGGGAGGCUGAGAUGAGGGAUGGGGGGGUGGGAAAAUGGCAAACAGCAUCACUCCCCUGGCUCCGCCCUCUACGCUGCUCCCACUCCGUCUCCCUACCCCGAUCCCGCCUCCCCCCCACGGCCACUGAGGCUGGUCCUCCGAGGCAAUCGCAGGUGUGUAGGUGUGUGUGAGAAUACAGCAGGGAUGAAUUUCAGAAUAACCCAAGCUGACUUGUGUGGAGGAAUUACACACAGUUCUGGCUGGAAGCUACAUUGCUGCAAUCCUCUUUAUGAUUUGAUACCAGAGGGAGUUCUUCAGUGUGGGAGUAUGGCGGUUGUUGUUGAGGGGCACAACCCGACGCAGUUAGCACUGCCAUUUUUAAUGUUUUUCUAUUUAUCAUUGCCUUAUUUGUUACACAAAUGGUUAUAAAAAGCCUUUCGCUGGUGUCCAAGACUGAUGCUUCAUCUCAUAUCUCAUUCAUUAAUGCCAUGUAGAGAUGGUAAAAGUUAGAUUCAGGCAGUCAGUAGGCCUUUCAAAUUUUCUAGACAGCAUGCCCUUCGGAAACGGUUUAAUGUGCCAUUCUGAAUUAUUUAUGGACGACAGAGGCACCAAACCAGCUGGCUGACGGGGCUGAUGAUGUUCCAAGUGUCUUCUGCUGCUAAUGUGCUUAUUUCAGCUUUCAGCCUCAUUUUGUUAUUCUUUUCCUAUUGCACACAAGAGCAUGGGUCUUUUGUUCAGAGGCAGGGGUAUUGGGGCGGAGGGGUAUUUUGGUGCUGCUUUGAUCCCCCGGGUGUCCUGUGGGAGGCUCUGAGGGAGCUGAGUGCCCUGUAUUUACUCCGAGUGGAGCAUGAAGUGCAUUUGGUGUAAGUCCCCUGGCAAACAUCACAUUGCAGAUGAGUUACAAGGGUUCAGGAGUGUGAAUAGUUCGAGUCUAUUACUGGAGGGCAGAGCUGUUCCAGCAGGCCUCGCAUCUGUGCUUUAGCCACACCUCAUCGCCGCCUGCAGAAUGUACCGUAGGCUGAAACCAGGCACGGGUCUUGCUAGUUCCUACAUACGACAAUCAGCAUCUAACUGUCUAACAGAGCCAAAGAACGACUGAAAAGGUGUAAAGUUUGGCUGGAAUUAUAUUAGAAAGCAUAGCGUGUGUUGUGUUACAAGGACAUGCAGCAUAAAUGGAACAUCCUUGGAGCCUAUCCGCUGAGGGCCUUGUUCCAGAGCAGGUUGCCUGAAGGUUUUCCCACAGGCCUGUGGUGUGGCACUCGUAUUCCCCAGCCAAACCCCCUCCCCCCUACCACCACCCAGCCACUGCAGAGCAGCUCUGGUAUUUGCGCAGACCACAUUAAACCAUAGUCCUUCCCUUUUCACCUACCUCAGUGUUUUGCCUGCUGGUCUCUUCUACUUUUAAGGGGUUGGUGAGGUAGAGGGAAGACUGGGGCUGGAAUUCCCAGCAAGAUGCUGAGCUUCUACCCAACAGCUGGUCUGCUUUGCUUUAAGAGAGACACAAACAUAUGCCCACACACGUGCGUGAACGAACACACACACACACACACACACACACACACACACACCCCAAGCUAAAUGCGCUCCAGUUAUGUUCAGGUUCUACAUGUAAUGGGCCGCACAUGCCCAGCAGCAGUGUGUGCCAUGUUGUGGACCAAAUGUCACACCCAAAUGCUGCUAGCGAGUGCAAUCAAAGCCAACGUGCUCCAUUUAAAUGCACUGAUGUCUGGAGCUUCUGUCAUUAGAAGCAUGAGCUACUGUGGUAUUGUACCCUUCUUGCAUACAUGGCCCUUUCAUAAGCAUGAUGCUUUUACAACUUGAUGUGAUGUGAAUCAGAUCUUUCUAAUGUCUGCAGGAGUUAUAAUGGGAGGUGAUAUGAGAUUUCAUUAUCUCGGAGUGAAAGGUAGCCAGGUAUUCUACACAGCACUCACUGGCGUCCAGGUUUUACCAUGACAUUUACCAUGGCUUCUUUGUGGGAAGGCCACCAUUUUGCACUUUAUGUGCUUUGCCAGCUGUGUUUCUGUCUCAACACUAGUUGCCUUCCAUCAGCUGCAUUCACGAAGCUCUCCGUCGGCUGGGGUUUUCAUGCCUGUUGUGGAGAGUGCCCAAUGUAUGGCUCCUACUCCAUAGGGAUGUGCUCUGCUCACUGCCGAAGCUCACGGCCAUCAUGCUUGAUGGCGCCACCUGAGCUUUACCAUGUGUGCUCAUUCGCUGUCUUCUGUAUGACCUUGGCCAUGUCGAUGAGCACAGCUGUGCAUUCAGAUGGUGCAGAGGGAUGCACCAUCUCCUGAACAGCCACUGGUGGUGGUGGGGAGGGGCUUUUAUGAGUUUUCUCCUUUCCCCUGUUGGUUUGUUUGCUUGCUUUGUUUGUUUGCUUGUUUUGCAGACAAAUUUAGAUGACUGUUCAUAUCUUGCUAUACCAUUUUCUUCUCUUUUAGCAAAUGUAUACACUGCAGUAUUCAACUUGCAACUGUUUUUUUUUUUUUUUUUGCAGGUGACUUUCAAGAUAUGCAGUUAUCAGUGGUGUGUAGGUCUUGCUGAAAGUUUGAUUGCUUUUAAAGCUGAUCUUAAAUUAUGCAAGGGAGUGUUCUUUCUCAAAAAAAAACAACUAUACUUGCUUGGAGAAAAUAAUCCAUUGCUUAUUUAUCAACUCCAUAUCACAUCUAAAGGAAAAACAAAUUGAUUGAUGGGUUCAGAUGUCACCUGCUGCAAAUAGGAGAAGAACUAAUUUAGUUGGAGUGAAAGUGACAUAAGUUUCAAAGAGGAGUUGUUGAUGCAGCCAUUUUGUCUGGCAUAAUGCCAACAGACAGGCCUCCUUCUGCCACUGGUUUCGCUUCCGUGAGCUUCAGAAGCUUCUGGAAGGAAUGAGGGUCCCCCCCCCCUCCUUGCAAAGGUACUUGAGGUAGAGAGAGAGAGAGAGAGAGAUUUUAUUUAUUUCUAUUAUUAACUCACAUGCAAUCAGAAGUUUCAGUGAGUGCUCCAUAUUCCAGAGGGUAGAACCCCAACACCUUUGCUACCACAGUGACAAAAAGGAUCUCUCCUUGGUAGAUAUAAUCCAUCAUAGUAAUUUAUCUUGGUUUUGGGCUCUAGUGCUCGUUAAUUAGCCUAGGUAUUCCGUUUGCCUUUUAGCUGUCAUGGUAACGAAGCAGCCAGGCUCCUAGCAUCAUGCAGGGCUCUCCAUAUUAGCAUAACAGGCUGAGAUUUUUAUCACAGCACCUUAACCCCAUAUGUCAGUCUUCUUGUGGUUUCCCUGCUGUUAUCUAAUUAAGAUUGGAAGCAUGUCAUUAUGCGGUUGGUUCUUAAUGAGAUCAACUGUUUGGUAAACAAUACAUAUGUUUUUAGAUAAAUCAAAUUUAGAGGAAAUCAUUCAAAUUGUGUUGAUUCUGAAGCAUUGGGAAUUAAUUUACUGUCUACUUGGGGCGUGUGUGUAGUCUUAAAAUGCCAUAGCGAAAUUAAUCACUAGUCAGUUUUCAUGGUUGAAAUGUAUUUAUUUCAAAGAUUACAUCUCACUCUCCUGAACUUUGAGUCUUCAUCCAUGUUGCUUCUUGUUGGGUGACAAACUCAUAGUAAACAAGGUAUAUGAAAGGUCUUGUCUGUAAACAAUAAAGGAUAAAUUAAUAAACAAAAACACACAAACAGGCCUUUUAUGUCUGUGGGUUCCUUUGCCAUUCUUGGAGUCAUAGAUUUAUAAGAGGAAAAUCAUGUGUGCUUCAAUAACUCACUCGAUGUGCGGGCCUCACUCAUCUCAUGACGUAUAAUUUUCUCACAAAUCGCAGCUAUAAUAAUAAUUGAACAUGAUUUUAUAGUGCCAUUCAGAAGCGUGUGUGGUCAGCAUGAGCUUGGAGGUAGCACUAUGGACACACUGCAAGUGUUGUGGGUCAUGAAAUAUUAAAUGAAUUCACUUUAAGAACUCAUAGCCUGGCAGGAUGUCAGCAGAAGUAUCAAUGUUGGCAUAGGGUACCAGAUUGCAGAUAGUGUUCUUGUAAAUAAACUUUCUAUAACGUAGUAAAAAUCUAUUAUGUAUUU